AUUAUUUAUAUAAAAUAAAAAGAAACAGUUUGAAUACGGACAUUUUCACGAAGGAUCUUCUUCAGUGCUCUCUAAAGAUAAAAUUACGAUGGAUUUCAUGAACAAGUUUUUAUUUAUUCAUAUGUUGUUAUUGUUGUGUAGUCACAGUAUUGAUAGUGUGAUAAUAAGUAACACAACAUCGGCUACUACUAAGGCGGCACCUACAACGACGAAAACAACCACAAAAAUACCCACUACCACAACGAAAGCACCAACGACUACUGCGAAAGCACCAACGACCACUGCGAAAGCACCAACGACUACAACGAAAGCACCAACGACUACAGCGAAAGCACCAACGACUACAGUGAAAGCACCGACCACAACGAAAGCACCAACCACCACAUCAAGGACACCAAUAACCAUAAGCACUGGUUCAACUACACUGGAGACUGCAAGACAAAUAAAUUGUUCGGCUGUAGAGAACCCAUCGUUAACCGACCCGUGUAUGAUUUGCAGCUGUAACUACGGCAUGUAUGAUUGCUACCUAAAUUGUUGCCAGCCUUAUGAGUGUGUUGAUAGAGUAUACAAGCCUGGAGUCUGCUGUCCUUUUUGUCCCAACGGUCGUAACUGCAGAAUUGCCGGCUCCAUAGUUCCAGAUGGUCUUAUGGUCGAGGUACCUGGUCGUGGAGUGUGUACCUGUGGUCCAGGGAGUCUAGGGGAGGAGCCACAGCCCGUGUGUUUUCCGGCGCCCACGACUUCUUCAACGACAACAACGACAAAAGCACCACCUACGACAACAACUCUUAAAUCAACGACAUCGAAACCAAAAACGUGUGAAGGUGUGGUCAAUCCUUCUCUAAGUGACCCUUGUUUGAUGUGCACAUGUAGCAACGGAGAGUACAACUGUGAACAGAUGUGUUGUCUACCUCCAGAGUGUGUGGACAGUGUACGAAAGCCGGGGAUCUGCUGUCCAGUUUGUCCUAAUGGCCGAAACUGCAUGAUCGGUGGUUCCAUAGUCCAAGACGGUCGUAUUGUGGACGUCCCUGGGCUUGGUCAGUGUGGUUGUGGCCCCACAGCUGGGGACUCGGGACCGAUAUGUAUUCCCACAUCCCCCACUCCACUCACCACCACAACAACAAAAGCGACGACCACCACAACAACAGUCAAACCAACAACCUCAGUGAAGCCGACCACGCUAGCGCUUAACACUUGUGAAGGUAUCGAGAACCCAGGCCUAGGUGAGCCAUGCAUGUAUUGUUACUGUAACAGUGGUGAGUACGAGUGCUGGUACUCUGGAUGUGAGCAGCCCAGGUGUGUUGACAGUCUCAUCAAGCCAGGUGAAUGCUGUCUGGAGUGUCCCAAUGGCUGGAAUUGUGCAAUUGGAGGUCAGAUCAUACCGUAUGGGAAGUCUGUGGUGAUCCCCGGGUACGGGGAGUGCUCGUGUGUCACGAAUGAGUACCUCGACAGUUUGUCAGCUGUGUGUGUGGUUGUCACUCCAGCUACAGCAACAACAACAAAGUCACCACCAACCACAACUACAACACCGAAACCCCAGAGCUGUGAAGCUGUGGAGAACCCAUCAUUGACAGACCCGUGUAUGAUUUGCGACUGUUACAACGGCCGGUACGAAUGUGCCAUAAAUUGCUGUUUUCAUGUCGAGUGUGUUGAUAAAGUAUACAAGCCUGGCGUCUGCUGUCCUGUUUGUCCCAACGGUCGUAACUGCAGAAUUGCCGGCUCUAUAGUUCCAGAUGGUGUUAUGGUCGAGGUACCUGGUCGUGGAGUGUGUACCUGUGGUCCAGGUGGUCUGGGGGAGGAGCCACAGCCCGUGUGUUUUGGAUAGUGUGAAAAUCAACCUUGAAUUGACCAUAAUUGUAAUGCUGUAAUCAUGAACAGAUAGAAUUUCUAAAACCUUUUAUCAUCAUUCUCCGUAUUGUGUUACAGAAAAAGUGUUAUUUUUCCUUUCAGAAUUGUAAUUUUUUUUUCUUGAACAAAUAAAUUUUCCAAUAUUAUGUCAUUUUUUAAAUAAUUAUUUUUGAUUAAAUGCACAAUACACAGACAUUUUAAAUCCCAUACUUCAUAAUAAGCAGAUAAAUUGACAUCCAAUAUAUAUUAACAGUUUAAAGAAAAAUGUCUGGUCUGUUGAGGUACUAUUGUGUUUAAA